AGGAACCACUAUGGCCACAGGAAAUCUUUGCAAAUGGUCCAAUUUUACCAAAUUUAUUUAUCUGCUGUUGCUUGGAGCAGGGUACUUGGCAUAUGUCCUAAUUGGAGGGGUCAUUUUCUGGAAGCUGGAAGGGGACCAGGUAAUGAAUAACAUUGCUAGGCUGGGGACGAAGAAAAAAAGGCUGCUCCAGAUUUAUCCAUGUCUUGGACAAAGUGGUCUAGUGGAACUGGAAGAGUUUAUGCACGAGAUAUCUACCAAUGGGGUGAGUUUGACAAGUAACCACACAGCAGGAGGCUUCUGGAAGUUCACCAGCUCAGCAGUGUUUGCUGCCACAGUGGUGACAACUAUUGGCUAUGGGAACAUCAGCCCGAGUACAAUGCCUGGUCAGAUAUUUUGUGUGAUCUUUGCCAUUUUUGGAAUCCCACUUAACAUGGUGGUCUUGAAUCAAGUAGGCAAGUACAUGCUGGCCAUCGAAAGAAAUUUCUGUACCAUGAUUGCGAAAAAGACCAACCACCAGAAAGUUACGCUGGUGUUACUCCACUUUUCAGCCUUUAUUGGCUCAGGAAUCCUCUAUUUGGUCAUCCCUAUGCUAUUUUUUCAAGUGUAUGAAGGCUGGACCUAUUCACAGGGCAUCUACUAUUGCUUUAUCACACUCAGUACAGUAGGCUUUGGAGAUUUUGUUGCAAAUUAUGACCCUGACAAGAAUUACCCUGAGUGGUACGGAUGCAUCUUGGGAGUUUGGAUAUUUUUUGGCAUGGCCUGGCUGGCUUUACUGAUCAAUCACUCUAUUGACCUUCUGGGGCACUUAAAUGCUUACCUUAAAUCAGGGGAAAACCACAACAAGGCAAACAAAUCACAAGACCAGGAGCUACCGGAAAUACAGCAGAAAGAUCUUGAGGAAGAGAAAAAAGAUGAUGUCUGUGAAUAAUCUGUUCAUACAAGACACUUUGGUAGGAUACAGACGCACACACAC